AGCGAGCCCAGCACCAUGAAAGCCCACAUCUGUAGUUGCCGGCUCCGUCUCCCCGUGGACCAGAAGAAGAUGCUGCUGCGCUGCCGUGCCGUCCUGCUCCUCCCACUCCCGCUCCCUCCGCCGCCUCGCUUGCUUCGCCGCCUGCCGCACCCGCGCGCCCUCUCGUCCUCGUCCGGGUCCUCCCCACUCCCGCCGCCGGGGAUGGAGGCUUCCUACAAGUUCGGGCCCUACAAGAUCGACGCCAGGGAGGUCUUCCACGCCACGCCCCUCUCCUACGCCAUGGUCAAUCUCCGCCCGCUGCUCCCCGGUCAUGUUCUUGUGUGCCCCAAGCGUGAAGCGAAAAGAUUUGCUGAUCUAAGCUCUGAUGAGAUCAGUGACUUAUGGGUUACUGCAAAGGAAGUUGGUGCGCGUCUUGAGCAGUACCACAAAGCAUCUUCACUUACCUUUGCUAUCCAGGAUGGUCCUCAAGCUGGCCAAACAGUUGCACAUGUCCACAUUCACCUCAUCCCAAGGAAGAAAGGGGAUUUUGAGAAAAAUGAUGAAAUAUAUGACGCGAUUGAUGUGAAAGAAAAAGAAUUGAAGGAGAAGCUUGACCUGGACAUUGAGAGGAAAGAUAGAACCAUGGAAGAAAUGGCUCAUGAGGCCAAUGAGUACCGUGCUCUAUUCUCCUAGAAUUACAUGGUCUAAUAUAGUGGUUAGUUUCUAAGUUGAGCUGACUGUUUGCUAGAAUAAGGCUUGCUACUGGUUCUUCCUUGUCGCAGUUCAGUUAUGAUUGCGCACUGACAAUGUCAUGGUGUCCAGUUCUGGUGUUAUGUUCUAUACUGUGGAGAAAUAAUCAUUUGUUGCAAGGAAUGCAUUCCUAGUGCCAAACCUUUUAGAUUAGAAACUAUUUUUAUGUGUGUACUACAAAGCUUCAACUGUUUUCUGGAAGAAUUAUGUCUUUACUGCAGUCUUUUUCUUUAUGGAAUUGUAAGAGAGGAUGUACCAUUAGACACAAGUUACACUGACAGCAGUUUAUGCAGGAUUAGUUAAAUUA